UUCAUCUCAGCCCAUCACUUGACGCUGACGUCUCUCCUCUCUCCUCUCUCCCAUGAACGACCAAAUGAGGAAAUCACACGCGCACAUAUACACAGACGGGGGAGAGGGAGAGAAGGCAGAGAAAAGAUGAUGUCAGGCAAAUACACAAGCAUAGAUAACCAAAAGGUCUCAGGAUCUGUACCCUCUGUGCCAGAUCCAGGCCACCUCACCGUCCAAUUCGCUGAUUCCACUCUUCAGACGUUUCCUCCACCCGAAGCGCAAGGGAAGAUCUCUGGUGGUUCUCGCCCUCCUCGAGAUGCUGACGAUACAUUCUCAAAACCUGUAUCUGGUUCUGAUGAACCCCAGCAGAGUGGUUGGUUUCGGACAUUCACGGUUGCUUCUUACAAGCCAUACUUUGAUGUUGACACUUCAGAUGUUUUAGAGAGGAUUAAAGAUUCACUCUUUCCAUUUAGGGGAACCUUUAAUGAAAAAACUGCUAGCAAUCCAGAUUUGUACGGACCAUUUUGGAUAUGCACGACCCUAAUAUUUGUAGCAGCUUCCAUUGGCACUUUUGUAACCUACGUAGCACACAAGCUGAAGAAAAAAGAAUGGGACUAUGACAUAAAUUUGGUGACUUGGUCUGCUGGAUUGUUCUAUGGCUUUGUCACUAUUGUCCCUCUUGGAUUGUAUGUAAUCCUCAAAUACUUCUCCGCUCCAUCUGGCCUUGUUCAGCUGUUUUGUCUCUAUGGCUACUCCCUAUUUGUCUUUAUUCCUGCUCUGUGCCUCUCUGUUGUGCCGUUGGAAAUCUUCAGAUGGGUUGUUGCAGGUGUAGCUGGGUUCAUGUCAGCUACAUUUGUGGCACUUAACCUCCGAGCCCACAUUAAGUCAGCUGGUGAAAGGUGGUUCUUCAUUGUGGCUGCCAUCUUUCUAUUGCAGCUGGCUCUGGCUGUCGUACUAAAGAUGUACCUCUUCACUGUAACAGUAUAAGAUGAUCCCUGGCGGCAUGAACCAAUUCUCCUUUUUAGCUUUCUAUUACCACAAUUCUGAGCAGAACCCGUUAUCCCUAUUCAAUGUAUUCACAAUUCAUUCAUUUCUGGUAACAAAAAUUCAUCACUAUGAUGAUGCCUUUUCUACCGAACUGGAUUGAGAGGUAACAAAUGAAGGGCAAAAAGUAGGUUAGUGGGUGAGCAACCCUUUUAGGCGUGUUUUUUAAUAUGAUUCUAAGUUCUUCUAUAAUUUUGCAUUUCUUAUAUCGUUUGUUGAUAAAUGGCUAAGGCUCUUACUGUUUUACUUUGUUAUUUUAUAGAUUAUGUAUUUGUGUUUUAA